AUGAUCGGUAUCGAUCGCUACUAUGCCGUCAUCUGUCCCAUGGAGCAAAAGCCGCGAGUUCUAUCCCCAAAAGUGACAAUUCCUGCUAUUUGGCUCAUUUCUGCGUUGGCCUACUCCACAAACCUUUACACCUACAAAGCGACGAAAAAUGAAGGCGCUUUCUAUUGCAGUUACAGAUGGCAUCCGUUGCCUGAAAAGGAAACAGAAGAGUUGUUCCUCUUGAUUACAUUUGUACUCUUCGUAGCUCUUCCCUUGGUGGCUCUUGUCUUUGUCUACGCUCUCAUUGCCGUCAAAAUGAUGAAUCGAAGCAUCCCUGGAGCGACCGGAGCAGCAGUGAAUUCCCACCGCGUCCGCGGGAAUAACAAAAUCAUUCGCCUCUCCAUCGCCAUCACAACCGCUUUCUUCAUAUGCUGGGUGCCUUAUUAUGUCCUCUUACUCACACUUACCUUUAACAUCCGCCUUGGAGACGAGUCAAUUGAGAUCUCUGCCUUGAUACUUGUACUGGCGGACGUCUUCGAGGCCCUGACGUACACCAGCAUCGUCACCAACCCAAUGAUUUGCUUGGCAUUCAGCACCAACUUUAGGCAGGCGCUUAAAGAGCUCAUGUUGUGCCAAGCACGCAACCUACAAGCAAACAACACGAACCGAACACGCAUACAACAGAGCAUGACCAUGGCAUACUCGUUCGAGACCAUUUCUAUGAGCGUCGAGUCUGUGAACAAGGACGUCCAUCCACGGAGGCGUGGUGUGUACAUCGUUACUCCUUAG